AUCUUCCUCGUGGACAUAUCCCCGUCCAUGGGGGCAAUGCGGACAGUAGAUCUUCCCCCAGGACCCAAGGGAGAACAGGGGACGGUGGAAAUGACGAACCUGGAGUGGUCCAUGCAAUUCGUGAAACUCAAGAUACAGGAAAUGAUAUUUAAUGGCAGAAAGACAGACCAAUGCGGCGUGAUAGUCUUUGGAUCAGAAGACACGGACAAUGUUAUCAACGACAAAAGCGGUGGCUAUGAGCACGUCUCUGAAUACAUCCCCGUCGCACAACCCAACGCAGGAACAUUGACUAAGCUCGAUGCUUUGUCGCCGUCUGAAGUUACAGGAGAUCCCGUGGAUGCCCUCAUAGUUGGCAUCGAGACACAGGAUCAGUAUCUCUCGAGCAAAAGAACUUGGACUCGUAAAAUUGUUCUGCUUACAGAUGGAGAAAAUCCUAUUGAAAUUGAAGACUGGGAAGCCACUGUGCAAAAGAUGGAUUCAUUGAGUAUCGCUCUGACAGUCGUAGGGGUUGAUUUUGAUGACGAGGAACUCCCUUUCGAAGAAGAAAAUAAGUCUACAAUCAAAGCUGAGAAUGAGUUGUUUUACAAGAAGCUCACAACCUCUCUUCAAUCUGGAGUGAUGGGAACAUGUGCACUUGCACUGCAAGAGAUCAGUCGACCUGAAAUCAAACAAGUGAAAUCCACGCUCAUGGGCACUGUAAUUCGCCUUGGCGAUGUAGAUGGUCGUCCAGACGAAGCUAUUGAGGUAUUGGUCAAAGCAAGUAAGUGCACUGCCCUGACGCGACCUAAAGGAUGGAAAAAAUUUGCAUCUCGACAAGCGGGCGAUGAUGAGUACGAAGGGGGUGAAGAAGAUGAAGACAGGACAGUUUCAUUUGCGCAACUGAAAAUGCGGACAGAAUAUUACAUAGACCACGGUGAGCAUGAGGAUGAGGACGAUGAAAGUGAGGAUGGCGACAAGUCACCAACGGGAAAAGACGAGAACUCAGAGAAAGUCGAGAAGGAGCAACUGAUAAGAGGUUUUAAAUAUGGAACGACCUACGCUCCCUGUCCCGAUGGCCAAUUCCCUAGACUUCCCACACAGAAAGGCAUGGACAUCUGUGGAUUCUUUCAAGCUAGGAAUUUCCGCCGAGAACUUGCAAUGGGAGAAGUCCAGUAUAUCUGGGCAGACCCCUCGUCCGCCCAGCAGCAAGUCGCCUUAUCCUCAAUAGUACAGGCCAUGUAUGAGAAGGACGUACUUGCUAUCGCUCGAUGGGUGACCAAGGAUGGUAUGGAUCCUAAAAUGGGCGUUCUCGCCCCUAGCGUGUUUGACAAGAUCGACUGCUUACUGUGGGUUCAGAUGCCCUUUGCAGACGACGUACGAAAGUAUAACUUCGCGUCGCUUGACUAUCUGAUGUCGAAGAAAGGCGAGCGCAUCAUGAAGCACCCAUACAUCCCUACAGACGACCAACUUUCUGCCAUGGAGAAUUUUGUCGACGCUAUGGACCUAAUGGAUGCUGGGGACAAAGACGAAGAAGGAAACCGGUAUCCGUGGUUCGAUACACGUCUUUCCUACAAUCCUGCCGUCCAUCGGACGAAGCAAGCUCUUUUCCAUAGCGCUGUCGUGAAUGACCUUAUCACUAACCCCAUCCCUCCUCCGCAUCCGGAAUUACUUAAAUACUUCGAGCCACCGAAAAAGGUACUCAAGCGGGCACGAGAUGCUAUAGAGGAUUGCAAACAAGCAUUCAAGGUUAAGGAAGUCCCAAAGAAAGUUGCGAGAGCACGGAAGGAUGGCCACGUACGUGCACGAGACGAAGAUGAAGAUAUGCUCCUUCUUGAUAUCAAGAUGCCCAAACGUAUGGCGUCUCAAGCAGCGUCUCAGAUUCUUAAUUCUGCGCCUGGUGAGGCCUCACCAUCGAAACCUACGAAACCGCCUCCCGAUAGUGAUACAGAGACAGAAGACGAGGAUGAGGAGGAGUUACUUCUUGAUAAAAAGCCCGAUUAUAAAGGGCACGCCCUUCCCACUCCUUCCAGAUCCCUUUCACCUCCCGUAGAAUUUGGCCGUGCCCCUGGACGUAUCAUCGGGACUACAUAUCCGCUCCAGGACUUCAAGAAAAAUAUCGCCCAGGGCGAUCUUGUAAGCAAAGCCGUGGAGGAUAUGGGUGUUGUUAUCAAAGAUAUUGUGAUGAAACCGUUUUCGUCGAGAAGACAUGACGAGCUUUUGGAUUGUUUGAAAACUCUCAGAGAAAUAUCGUUAAAGGAGGAUGAGAUCGAUGCUUGGAAUGAAUUUUUGCAAGAUUUGAAAAAGUCUUGUAUAUCGUAUCCUGGCAAUCAGGAAUUUUGGACGCAAGUGCAGAAACUAGGUCGAGAUAUUAGUCUGAUCAGCACGUCGGAGGCCAAUAAACUAGGAGGUAUAUCGACAGUAUCAGAUACUGCGGCGACGGAAGUAAGUUCACGCCAUGUUCUCUCCCAUUGUUCAGUCAAUUGA